AUGCCGAGCCUGAGUGUUCAUGUUGCCAGAAGGCCGUGUCGGUGCGCGAGAACGGCAAGUCGUGGCUUUGGCGCCGAGGUCAGAGACGCCCAGCAUGCUCCUAGAAUGCGGCAGGUUUCAGUAGAGGGAUUUGUUGCCCAUGUAUGGCUGGCGCUUUGGUGCCGGCUUGGUCGGGGCAGAGGGACGCAUGCCAUAGUGAACGCUCGCGUAGGGACAGCCGGGCUGCGUGGAGGUGUAGACGAUGCCACAGAUGGCGCACUUGAUCAUGGUUGCAGGCAUUUUGACUCGACGAUGGCUGAUGAGUUCGGAGCUGUCUUGAUGGGUUGGAAGUUGUCUUGA